AUGGAGGAAGACCUCCCUGAAGAUCUAGGCAAGCUGAGUAACCUGCAGCAGCUGCAUAUCCAUCUCUCCGUGCUGCUGAAUUUAAGGAGAUUGACUCUGAAGCUGGAGGGCACAGGACAAGGAGCAGCCGGAACCACCACCUUCAGCAGCAGCAGCAGCAGCAGCAGCAGCAGCAGCAGCAGCUCACCGCAUCUGAAACAUCUGGAAAAUGUGGAGUAUCUGGAUCUAUCCAUUGGAGAGGCUGUUGAGCAGUUUCCAUUCCCUCGGUUUCCGUUCCCGCAGCUUCGAUUCUUGAAGAUCUCGUUCGCGAAACUGAUUCAGAGGCUUCCAAGCGACCUCGGGUGCGACCUGCCGCAGCUACGGCAGCUGCGGCUGCACAUCACCAAGGGGUUGAUUGAGCUGCCAGAGACCAUCACGCUGCUCCGGCACCUCACAUCGCUGGACGUGGAAUGGGCUUCCCAGCUAGCCUCACUCCCGGAUGGCAUGGGUGCCUUAUCCAGGCUGAGGAGGCUGCGCCUGUGCCACUGCUCAGCGCUGCAGCACCUCCCCGCCUCCCUCACCCGCCUCUCGUGUCUUCACGAGCUGAACGCCGAGGAAACAUGCAUCCGCGCCCUUCCCCCCGGCAUUGCGCAGCUGACCAGGCUGAGGUGGCUUGACUUGGGCGAGUGCAAGCAGCUGCAGGUGCUGCCAGAGGGGUUGACCGACCUCAAGAUGCUGCGGUACUUAGCGGUGAAAGGGUGUGAGACCGCGAUUGACAGUGUGAGCGAGGAGCAGGAACGUGGCUUUAAUAGAAUGUAUGACUUGAGGACAGACGUUGCUGGCGAGUAG